AUGACAAGACUGAUAAGAAGUAAGAAACAAUUUUUGAUAAGAAGCUUACACUCGGUAUUCUACUACCUCGGCAGUUUGCUCCACAGCACAUUCGAGAUGAAUGUGUUUAUUGGCUUACUGCUAGCCACUGUUGUAGCUUCUCAAAGCUCGGAAGGACGCGAUGAGAGCUACACUUACAAGCAACUUUGCAUAGUGGACGAUAAGCCUCAAGUUCUUGAUGGAUUCGACUGCCGCAACCAAGUUGCUGUCGCCAGAUGGCAAAACGCUGUGAACACAACUGGCUGGACUUUCCUGGAAGUCGAAACCAAGGAGAACUACUGCCCACAACUUCAAGCCUACUCUGCUGGAUAUCUUGAAGGACUACUUUCCAAGACAGUGCUCACCUACCAUCUCAAGAAUGCUCAGGAAGAUUAUUGCAAGAACUUCACUGGAUAUUGUUCCAGACUCUCAGACUUCCUCACUGAGAACCAAAAAUGGAUUCAAAGCAGUUUGGAGACCGUCGCCCCGGAUGAUCUCUACUGGGGAGCUGUCAACAGAACCUACCACCAAGUUUCUGGACUUAUUGAUGCCUAUGAAGGACGCGAGUUCAAGCCAAGAAUUACCUACGAGCUUCACCCGAUUCUCUAUUUGAACUUGAACGGAGAUUUCUAUGAUUUGGAGAAGAAAUUGAACAAGACCAGAGAUCCAGCUUUUGAGCAAACCGGUGGAAAGUGCUCCGGAUUGAUCAAGGUCGCUCCAGGAAAUGCAGAUCUUUUCAUCUCUCAAGUAACAAUGUCAGGAUUCCAAAAUAUGCUCAGAGUUAUUAAGCUUUACAAGUUUGGAUAUGACCGUCAGUUCUACCCAGGAUACGCUUCAUCCUUCUCCUCGUACCCAGGUCUUUUGUACUCAUCAGACGACUUUGCACUUCAAACUUCUGGAUUGGCUGUCAUCGAAACCACUAUCAGUGUCUUCAACACUUCUCUUUUCGAGAAUACAAAGCCAGUCGGCCAACUUCCAACAUGGAUCCGAGCUAUUGUCUCCAACCAACUUGCUCGUGACGCUAGAGAAUGGUGCAAACUCUACUCUUUGUACAACUCCGGAACCUACAAUAACCAAUGGGCAGUUCUUGACUACAAGAAGUUCAAGCCAAAUCAGCCACUUCCAAAGAAUGGACUUUUCUACGUCUUGGAACAAAUGCCUGGAAAGAUUGUUUACUCCGAUCUGACCUGGUUCGUCGAGAAGUACUCGUAUUUCCCGUCCUACAACAUUCCAUUCUUCAAGGAGAUCACUGAAAUUUCCGGAUUUAUCGGACAAGCCGCUAAGAUGGGAGACUGGUUCAAAUGGGGAGCAUCUCCCAGAGCAAAGAUCUUUGAAAGAGAUCAUGGCAAUGUUCACGACUUGGAUUCGCUCACUGCUCUCAUGAGAUACAACGACUAUAAGAAUGAUGAAUUCUCCAAGUGCAAGUGCAACCCACCAUACUCUGCUGAAGCUGGCAUUUCUGCUCGUGGAGAUUUGAAUCCAGCUAAUGGAACAUACGAGUUCCCAGGACAAGGACACGUUAACCACGGAGCUCUUGAUUACAAGGGUACAAAUGUUGAGUUGAUGAAGAAGUUGCAAUUUGUCGCACAAGGAGGGCCAACAUGGGGCAAGGUUCCAUCUUUCAAGUGGUCUGAGUUUGACUUUAAAGACAAGGUCAACCACGUCGGACACCCAGACGAAUGGAAGUUCAACACAUUGGUGCACAAAUGGGAAACUGAAAUCAAUGCUUAAAAUCGUCAUAUCACUCUUACAUUAAUUGAUGAAUUAACUCUCAUUUGCCUUCAUUUUUCACAUAGUUGUUACUAAAGUAUUGUUUGUUCU